UUUUUUAUUAGUUGGCGUUGGAAUUUGGAUUGUUGUAUUCAUAUUUGUUGAAUUUUUGUUGUUUUAGGUUCGAGUGAAGAAGAUACUUGUUCACGUGCUUCUAAAUUGUUAUUUCUUUUAAGCAGAGAUGCAUUGGAAACUGUUGAUCAGGCAACGGAGAGUAAAUCACUUGUUGGAUUUAGUGUUGUUGAUGAAGGAGAGUGGGACAAAGGUUUUGAUAUUCACAGGAUGCUUCAAAAGCAAUCUGGAGGUGUUAGUUCUCUUGGUUUCACCAAAUGUGAUGCUUAUAACGUCUUAGAAUCUGAAAGGAAUAAAACGUUUGAUGGCACUAAUUCAAACACUUUGAUAGGUAUAUUGAAGAAAAGGGCUGAAGUGGAAUCUGAUUUUUUCUUUGAUUUUGAUUUGGAUGAUGGUAUCCUGAGUUGUUGUUUUUUUAGAGAUGGGCAAAUGAAAUCGGAUUAUGAUAGGUUUGGAGAUGUAGUUAUUCAUGAUACAACUUACAGGACUUACAAGUAUGACAUGAUCUGUGGUCCUUUUGUUGGUUUGAAUCAUCACUGUAAAAACAUAAUGUUUGAUUGUGGUUUUAUGUUGAAUGAGAAGGUGGAAUCUUUUGUUUGGUUAUUUCAGACAUUCCUCAAAUCUAUGGGUGGUAAACGCCCCAUCACUUUGCA